AUGUCUUGGGACAAGACCCACCUGGGCCCUAAAUACAUGGGCCUCUGGGACUUCAAGGCACGAACAGACGACGAACUGAGCUUUCAGGCGGGAGACCUCCUGCAUGUUACCAGGAAGGAGGACCAGUGGUGGUGGGCCACCCUGCUGGAUGCAGCAGGCAAGGCCUUGGCUGAGGGCUAUGUGCCCCACAAUUACCUGGCAGAGAAGGAAACUGUGGAGUCUGAGCCGUGGUUCUUUGGUUGCAUCUCUCGAUUAGAGGCCAAGCACAGGCUGCAGGCUGAGGACAACUCAAAGGGUGCCUUCCUGGUCAGAGUCAGCCAGAAGCCAGGAGCAGACUAUGUUCUCUCUGUGCGGGACUCUCAGGCCGUGCGACAUUACAGGAUCUGGAAGGACAAUGUGGGCUGGCUGCACCUGAGUGAGGCAGUAUCCUUCCCCAGCCUAUCUGAGCUCGUGGACUACCAUAAGACCCAGAGCCUGUCCCAUGGCCUGCAACUGACCAUGCCCUGCUGGAAGCACAAAACUGAGCCCUUGCCCCACUGGGAUGACUGGGAGAGGCCCAGGGAUGAGUUCACACUCUGUAAGAAGCUGGGAGCCGGCUACUUUGGGGAGGUCUUUGAAGGGCUCUGGAAAGGCCAGGUCCGUGUGGCUGUGAAGGUGAUCUCUAGAGAAAACCUCCUGCACCAGCACACCUUCCAGUCUGAGAUCCAGGCCAUGAAGAAACUGCGACACAAGCAUAUCCUGGCACUGUAUGCCGUGGCAUCUGCAGGGGACCCUGUCUACAUCAUCACAGAGCUCAUGCCCAAGGGAAGCCUGCUGCAGCUAUUACGGGACUCUGAUGAGGAAGCCCUGCCUAUUUCGGAGCUGGUGGACUUUGCAUCACAGGUCGCUGAGGGCAUGUGCUACCUGGAAUCUCAGAAUUACAUCCACCGUGACCUAGCUGCUAGGAAUGUCCUUGUUGCAGAGAACAAUCUCUGCAAAGUGGGGGACUUCGGGCUGGCCAGGCUUGUCAAGGAAGACAUCUACCUUUCCCAUGACCACAACAUCCCUUACAAAUGGACAGCACCCGAGGCACUCUCCCGAGGACAUUACUCCAUCAAAUCUGACGUCUGGUCUUUUGGGGUUCUCCUCCAUGAAAUUUUCAGCAGGGGGCAGAUGCCCUACCCAGGCAUGUCCAAUCAUGAGGCCUUCCUGAGGGUGGAUGCCGGCUACCGCAUGUCAUGCCCCCUGGAAUGCCCACCCAACAUGUACAAGCUGAUGCUCAGCUGUUGGAGCCAGGACCCCAAGCAGAGACCUUGCUUCAAAGAACUGUGUGAGAAACUCUCAGGCAUCACUAGGUAUGAGAACCUGGUCUGAGUUCCUUGGACGUGGCCAGGACCCACCAAAGAGCGCCUUCGUGAUUAUCCUGGACCUCCAUUGAAGGUGUGCAACAUCCUUCACCUUACCGGGAUAGGAAACAUAUCAAACAUACCUCAGAUACUACGUGCUGUCAAGGAGCGAGUAAAGAAGGAGCCAUAGUCCCUUCCCAUCUAUCCUCUUCCAGGAGGUGGUCCCCAAAAUUCCAGGCAGCCAUCCUGGCUUCUUCCUCUCAUCUCCUGGGAAGGCUUCAUGUGACAGAGAAGCCAAGAGUCUCAGCAACAAGCCUGUGGAGUUCUUUCCAGCACAUCACUUUCAUAGCAUAUCUGUCCUUGGUCACUCCUCUGCUCAAUUGUCCACACACACCCCACCCCUUGGCACCUUGAUUCUACAGGCUCUUGUGCCACAGAACAAGUUUUGGAGCUUCAGGUCCUUUCCCUUCAGAGAUAACUUUCUGUCCUGAGCUCCUGAGACAGAACACUCUCAGAAAAGACCACUGCCUUCAUCUACCACUCUCCCUUUCCUGUUUGGACCUGAGGCUUUCCAGAUGGUUCUGGUCCAAGCCUGCUUUCCCCAUGUGUCUCCAGUGUUCUUGAACACAUGCUUGAUCCCUUAAGCCCAGCCAAACU